AUGAUAGAAAGGAUAGCAUGCUCUGAAUUGUCUUAUCCUACAAAUUGGAGUUUUGCUAAAGAUGUUAUAUUGUCUACUCACACAAUUAAAUACCCAAAAUUAGUUGUUUUAUUAACAGAUAUACUUAGAUCUGUCACCACUAAUUUAAACUAUCAUCCUCUAAAAGAACCACUAAUAGAACUUGAACCUGAAGUUAUAAAAUUAGAUUCAAAAAAAACUAGUGAUUUUAAAGGCUAUUAUGUCUAUUUUAGGCAUAUUAAAAAUGAAUAUCUUACAGAUGUAGCUAAAUAUAUUAUGUUUUCUCAUACUGUUAUACAAGUUCAAGAACAAUACUAUAAGUUAGUUCCUAAAAAAGAUAAAUGGAUUGUGUUCAGGCAUUGGACAUUGCUAUUAGAAGGUUUUAGCAGUUGCAUACAUAUAGAGCCAACAUAUUACAUGACAGGGAAGAUAUUACCAUAUAAAUAUAUUUCUGGGUAUAAUCUAAUGCUAAUGCCUAAAGAAAGAAGUCUUAAAACUUACUUAGAUUUUUAUUUUAAACCAGAGUAUAGUACUAUAAAUCAAGAUUCUAUUCAAGUAGAAGAAUUAAUAAAACAAAUCAAUUUAUUGUACCAAUCAGUUUCUUUCACUAUACCAACUUUGAAAACAACAAAAAAAUAUACUUCGAAUAUUUAUGACCUUUUUACAGACUACAAUUUUAUUUUUAACGCUCAAAAAGAACCAAUUAACCAAUUAAGAAACCAACGAAAAAUAGUUUGGUUUGCUUUGAUUAAUCUGGUUAAACACCAGUUUGCUCUUAUAACAGGUAAAACUAUUUACAAAUUAAUAGAUAGAAAACUCAAUAUCCCGGAUGAUAAAGAGUUGAUUUUAGAUCUUAAUCAAAUAGAAGAAUUUUAUUCUAAACAUUUUAAUAUUCCAGUUGAUCUGGGCAUUAAAAAAAUUAAAAAUGAAUUAUAUAAAAUAGGUAUAACAUUACCUGUAAGAAAGUUUGAGAAAGAGAUAGAUCUGAUAACUGCAGAUAUGUUAAAGAAACUGCAAGUUAAAUAUCCUCAUCCUGAAGAUAUAGAGAAAAAUAAAGAAAAAAAAAUUUGUGAGGCUGUAUUUAAUCAACUUUAUCAUCUUUUAGGAGAAAGUAAAUUUAUGAGUCCUGAAGAAGUUUUAUCAAAAUAG